AGAGGGAACAGAUCAAAGGAAGAAGGCAACAUACAGGUCAAAAGGAGAAGGAAUAGGUCAAAGGAAGAAGAAGAGGGGAAUAUACAGGUCAAAAGAAGAGGGUACAGGUCAAAGGAAAAAGAAAGGAACAUACAGGUGAAAAGAAGAAGGAACAGGUCAAAGGAAGGAGGCCGCGAGAUGCUCAUUUGACUCCAGCCAUGAUAAUGUAAACAAACAUGGCCGACGACAAGGCUGCCAACGAGCUACAUGAGAGUGUCUUCAGGGGCGAUGUACGCAGAGUGUCGGCGCUCAUACGGACAUAUGACGUGGCCAGGAAGGAUAAACACGGUAAGGGCCGGAAACACGCGGCGUGAAGCCUGUGCGUGGGCAGGACGAGGCCGCCUGCCCCGUGCCCCGUGGCGCUCCAGACCGGGCCGUGGCGGUGCCGUGCCCCGCGCUCCACGGGGCGGGGGGCGGCGGGGCCGAGAGGUGACGUAAGAGCUCCCCGGGCAACACGGGCUGCACGGCGUCCCCUGGCUCACCGGGGCCUGGCCUGGCCGGCUGCCCCCAGGGGUGGAGUGAAUACAAGUGUUGUGUGUGCCGAUACGAAUACUUCAAAUUCCAACGAACUCGAAUACACUGAAAUGGUUUAAUUUCGAAUACAAUUAUGAAUAUUGCUGUAAAGUAUUCAUGAAUACAUUUCAUUGAAAAAUACCUUCAGCGGUGGAGCAGGGCCUGAAACCUCAUCAAUGGCAACAACGGUAACAUUCAGCGUCCACACUGACAAAUAGCAACUGAGUCAGACCCCAGUCGCCACGCUGCCAGCCUGCCACAGUCUACAAACUAGUAUUAUUCACAACGAUUACAUGUCCGCCCAGGAGGCUGAAGUUGUAACACACCCCUUCACCUAGCUGUAAUGCUGGGGCACAAAGAAUGUAUACACCUGCUGCUGGCCCACGGAGCACCUGUAAAAGUAAAAAAUCUAAAUGGAUGGAGUCCCCUCGCAGAGGCCAUCAGUUAUGGUGACAGACAAACUAUAUCCAUAUUAUUAAGAAAACUGAAGCUGCAGUCACGAGAACACAUGGAAAUUCGGCGGCCGGAUCUGGUUCGGGCCCUCUCCCACAUGGGAGACUUCUACAUGGAACUGAAGUGGGAUUUCCAGAGUUGGGUGCCACUUGUGUCCAGAAUGCUUCCGUCCGACAUAUGCAAGAUCCACAAAAAGGGAGCGUCCAUACGUUUAGACACAACACUGGUGGACUUCAAUGACAUGCGAUGGGAGAGAGGGGACAUCAGCUUCUUGUUCUCGGGAAACUCAAAGCCUUCACAUUCCCUCAUCGUCCUUGAUAACAAACUGCGAGUGUACCAAGGAGUGAGACACGAGGAGACAGAAGCAGAAAUAGAAGAUGAAGUAGACAUCCUCAUGAGUUCUGACAUUGUGGCAGCCCAGAUGUCGACCAAGCAAAUUACUUUUUCAAGGGCUCAGACAGGAUGGAUAUUCAGAGCAGAUAAGAAAGAAAUGGUUGGAAAGUUUAAUGCAGACUUCUAUUAUCUAAAUGGAUUGACUCUUGAGUCUAGGAAAAGAAGAGAGCAUCUGAGUGAAGAGGAUCUACAGAAAAAUAAGGCCAUUGUUGAGAGCUUUACAAGAGGGGGAGGGACACAUUCCUUCGAUGAGUCAGUACGGAGACCUUCACUGGAGCCCCCCUCAACGGAUCCAGUUUCAUGGGAGGAUUAUAUACAGUCAGACCCAGGAAAACCGCCUCCACUGGGACGAACCCUUAUAUGUAAGGAGUCAUCUAAGUCAUUUAAAGCUACUGUUGCAAUGAGUGAAGAGUUUCCAUUAACAGUUGAAAUGCUUUUGAAUGUCUUAGAAGUAAUAGCUCCUUUCAAGCAUUUUGCAAAGCUUAGGGAGUUUGUUCAAAUGAAGCUUCCACCAGGCUUUCCUGUCAAAAUAGACAUCCCAAUCUUGCCCACAGUCUCUGCCAAGAUAACAUUCCAAGAGUUUGCGUUUCGGGAUGACAUACCCGAUUCACACUUUGAGGUUCCACUGGGGUACGCAGAAGAUCCAAAUAGGUUCCCUGAAUUAUGACGGUAUGAGGAUCUAAGCCUCUUAAGUGUCUCCAGCGUUGAGGAAAAGCAAGACUUAACCAGACGCUGCUCAUCGGGGACGGAGUUUAGUGGUGGAGCAUCCUGCCUGCUAUCCAUUGUACCCUGUUCCUCGCCCCCACCCCUGUGCCCUAUACAAGGCUCAGUGACCCUUGCGUCUCCAGUAUCAAGGGAUAAUUUAUGUCACAGGGUAAGUAGGCUUCCUCAGCAAGCCUUCUCCUCUGAUGCUGUAAUGUGGUCAGGAUCUAGUCACAACAACUGUGAAAUCACCGACACUUCUAAGAUUUCAAGGUCUUGGGGAAGUGAAUCAAGAAAACAGCUACAUGAUAAUCAUAGUUAUAAUCCAGAAACAUUUGGCAACAUC